UCCCCCUCACAUCCUACCCCCACCCCACCCCUACCCUACCCUAUACCUCGGCGGCAACGAGGAGGAGAGGCAAUGGCGUGAGGCGCCCGGCGACGGCGACGACGUGCUAUAGGGAUCUAAUGGGUCAGGCGGCAAGAACGGGCAUGUCCGUGUUCGUGCGAGGAGGCGGGGACGGUUUCGCUCCCGUUCACGCGGUUGUCGCCGGCAUUCGUCCUUCCCCGCCGGUACUCCCGUUCCGCUCAGCCACGGCUUCGACCUCCACCGCCCCCACCGGGCCUCCACCUCCGGCGUCAGCUUCCUUUGCGCGCCCCAAGGAGCUCCACCGCCACUGGUUAGCCCCGUAUCCCGUCACCCAUUUCCUCCUCCUAUUCCUCCGCUCUAGGUGGCGACGGUCGCCGCCGCCGCCCCCCGUGCUUCCGGCGCCGUCACUCGUUUCCGCUUCUGUCGUCCACGCUGGUCGUCUUCUUCGACUCCGUUACCUGACCCGCGAAAUCCAGGGAGCUCUCGACGUUGGUGGACGAAGGAAGCCGAUGGUACCCCUCCCUGACACCGGUGGCUGCGUGAAGCCGUUGUCGUGGCUCUCCGGCACCGGAUCUGGUGGCUCGGUGUAGAAACUGAACGGCGGCGGUGUCAAGAAUCGGCAGCGGCGAGGAGGCGCUUCCAAUGGUGUGGAAUGAAAUCCUCCAAAUCGAUCCUGGAAGCGGCGAUGGCAAAAUCAAUCUUGCUGUGCGCUGUUCUAUUUCUUUUUUGCCUAAGGGAAUAUAUAAGGUUAACCUCUUCUCUUGGUCACCGUGAAUCAGAUUUGCUUUGCAUCAGCAGUUAGAACCGAUUAAAUUUGUUUUUUCCUUCAUUUGAGUUGCUAUGGUUCUUGUGGUGUUGAAUCAUUCCCAUCGCCAAGAUGUGAACCUGCAGGGUAAAGAAGGAUGAGAUCUACAGAUAACCCACUUAAUUAGUCAGAAAUAAAUAUUGAAUGUUCAGCUGUUGCUCCCUGAUUGGUACCCCAAGGAGAGCCCAAGCCUGUGGGGAUGGCCGGAUGGGCGCUGCCCACGCCGCCAACCUUCCUCACACAUCCACAGGAGCAGAUGGCUAUGAGAAUGCCUCUCCAGAGCCGUGGUGACAGAUAUCUGUCGACAGGGAGGACUUGAGAAUCUGCAGCACUUCGUCGGCUCAACGUUGAUUUGUUUUAUUGGCGUUGUCUUGCUUGUUGGAUUCGUGCAUGCGUAGAUGGAUCAUUGGCCUUGAUCUAUAUUGUCGUAUUAGUCUUGGCAUCAAUCUUCAUCACCGUAUCCUUCAGUGGUGUUGCUGUUGUGAUUUUUUUACUGGAGCUGUUGUGAUCUUUAAUUAGUUCUGUUUAUUCUACCGAUGUACCACAUUGCAUGUGUGAUCACAUCAUUGAUGUAAUACCGAAAUUAAUUUACUCGAUCAAAAUUUUUUAAAUCUAACUUGUGAGUAAUUAAUUUACUGAUA